GAGGUGGCAGGAGAGCUGAUUUUGUCUCAAGGGUUGUCUUAAACAGGAUUUAUUUGGGGGGGAAAAAAAUUCAGAUUGUUGUAAUAGACACAAAAACAAAAACGGAGGAGGAACAAAGAUGAAUCGUUGGUAUUGGUGCGACUCGAGCUUAACGUCCGGAGAGGCAGUUAGGUCGACCGUCAAUGGGAUCCGGUUGUACGACGGGGAUAAGAAAACGAGCUACGAUGACGGAAGGCUGACCCUGACCAACCUGCGCCUGUUGUGGAGGCACGAGAACCAGUCCUCCUCUUUGGGGCUCCACCUCAGCCUCGUGGUGCUGGUGGAGGAGGAGUCGGGCGGCUUCACCUCCAGUCCAAAGCUAGUGCUCCAUCUCGCUCUCCCGUCCCACACACAGCCCGCUGGACCUGUGGCCUCCAGUGGCUACUCACACAUCAAACUCUCCUUUAGACAAGGAGGGUGUUCGAGCUUUCACCAAGUGCUGCAGAGGGCGCUGGGUGAUGGGGAGUGGGAGAGGAUAAAUACUCAAUCCUUGCCUCCCCCCAGCCGAGGCAGCCAGAACAUGCCGGGGGGUAGGAAGAUCCACACGGGCAUCUUGGGCAUAGAGCGCGAUAUCCAAGCCAAACAGGUGGAGACUAGUCAGAAUAUCAGCCGCGCCUUCGAGGACUUGAAGAACCUCAUGACACUUGCCAAGGACAUGGUUUCACUCUCUAAAAAUAUUUCCAACAAGAUCAAAGAGCACUCUGGGGAUAUAUCAGCCGAUGACACAACCCAGUUCAGAUCUUACCUCCUAAGCCUUGGUAUUGAUGAUCCAGUGACGAGAGAAACUUACGGCUCUGCUACCGAAUACCACAAGAGCCUCGCAAGGGAAGUGACACAGGCGCUAGAAGAUGCUGUCAAGGAGGCUGGAGGGAUGAUGCUCCUCUCGGAAGUCUACUGCCGCAUAAACCGGGCUCGGGUGCAGCUGUUGUCGCCAGAGGAUGUCGUGCAUGCGUGCCAGGUGAUGCAGCUGCUGGGACUGUCCCUUAACCUACAUACCUUUGAGUCAGGCGUGCAAGUACUCCAGACAGCUGGCUUAGACCAAGAAGAAGUUGUCAGGGAGACGGCCGAGGUCUUGAGUCAGCACGAGUCGGAUGGGGUUUCAGCCGGCGAUCUGGCACGGGAGUGUGGCGUGCCCCUUCUAUUGGCUCAAGAGAGGCUCUUCGCAGCCGAGAGGUGUGCCAAGGCAGUGAGAGACGAGUCGAGUGAAGGUCUUCGGUUCUUCCCCAAUCUGUUUUCCCAGAGAGCAUGAUCUGCAACCUCAGUUUAUUGCAUGCAUGUAUGUCUUUUGACAAAAUUCGUGUUGAACACAGAUGUUGCAAUGAAAAUUUUAUUUGCUGAUUGUCAUUAAAUGAAAGUCCAAAGUGUAAAUUAUGAUUUAUUAGAAGUAAGAAAUGUUUUAUAAGGGAGAGAAUUAUUAGUAGUCAAAUUAUUAUCAUUUAUAUUACUCUUAUUAUUAUAAUUUCCAUUGAUUUUAUUCCACUUGCUAUUAUUGAUUGACUAAUUAAAUUAAUUAGUUGAUUGAUUACAGUCCAUUAAUUCCUGAAAUAGCAUGUAACUACACCUAGAUAUAAACAUUAUAUGAUAUACAUGCAGUGUAACAUGACAUGUAGACUCUUUAAUAAAUAAUGAAAUUAUCAGUCAUAAAUUC